GCGCAUCCCCAGGUCCCCAGAUGUUUUUAUCAAUUAAUUACUCAUUUGGAGGCGGGCUCAUGCUGUACAGACUUUUUCUCGAGACUUCUCAGUAUUUUAUAAUAAAAAAUGGUUGUGGAACAUCAUGUUGAGGGUUACGAGCCCUUCCUCACUUUUAUGGAGAAUCUGAAGUCACAGGGACCGGUUAUUGUCCUCUACAGUGGGUCUAAAUUACCUAGUGGAAAAAGUUGGUGCCCUGAUUGUGUCGAAGCUGAACCAUUCAUUGAGAAAGGACUCAAGGCAGCUCCCGAGAAUGCAAUUUUAGUGCAUGUUGAUGUCGGGGAUAGGGCAUUCUGGAAAGACCACAAAUGUCCAUUCCGCUCGAAUUCAAAAACGAAAUUGAAUGUUUUACCGACAUUGUCAUUAUGGGGCACUCAAAAACGUCUGGAAGGAGAUCAGUGUCUUAACGUGGAUCUCAUCGAGAUGCUCCUUACUGAUGAUGACUAGAAGAAAAUAAAAUGAUUUGUAAUA